UCUAUUUUUGUGCAACAGACAUAACUCACUGUAAGAAAAUCCCAACAAUUAAUAUUUUGUCAUCACUUCCACCUUUCCACCAUCUCUAACCUUUCUGUCUAUUAGUACUAUCUUUUUUUUUAAUUGAAAAAGAAAAAACCAUUUAAGAGCAGAUGGAAACAAUUACAACAAUGGAAAAUAAAACACCACCAUAUUUUUUUAAGCAGGAGAUGAAAGCAACAAUGGAUUUACAAUCUGGAUUUACAAAAUCUUUGGACAAGACGGUAGCUGAGGGAAUCAGUAUAGUUGAUACAUUCAGGCAAGAUCAUGAUCAAAGAGAAGCUGGUGAAACGACUAUUCGUGGUGCCGGUGAUGCAGUUCUUCCUGUUAAGAGGUGUAGUCUAAGACAAAGAGUUCCCCUAAAUCCCUUUGUUCCUAACUAUUACCGUCCCGAUGGACGUGGCCAAGGUUCACGACGUGGCCCAGGUCGCCCUCCGAAACAGAGAGCAGAUGUGAUAUUCCAGGUUUGGAGAGCGAGAAAUUGGAAACAGUUUAACGGCAUUAAACUACAGAUACAGCGGCGACACAGAAUAAGAAGGAAUUUGUUGACAGACUUGAGCAACAGGCAGUCUAGCCUUGCGACCUUUACAAGGUCGCCCAGGACGCCCUCGGAAACAGAGAUCAGAUGUUUUAGUGGCAUCCAAAUUGCAGGGCAUGAUGCAACUGCAAUUAUAUAGAAAUAUGGCUAUUCAGUAGAAGGGUUCUGUGGCAUUGGACAAUUCAUGUCUGAAAACGUUAUAUGGAACGCCAAAUCAUUUGAUUCAGUGUUACUGUUACUUUUUGGGUUUAAAGGAUUUGACAAAUAAGGGUCCCACAGAAGUUAAAGUAUUGCAAGUUGUAUCCUUUGAAGAGAAAUGAAUUCGUCUGCGAGGAAUUUCAUGUGGUUGUAGAAGAGAUUAUCGGUGUCACUGGAGUUGCUACAUGUCUGACAAACUCAAUACCGUUGAUUUUAUGUUUCAAUAAAUUUUGAAAUAAAUACAUCGGUUAAAGAUUUUUUCGAGUUAUGU